AUGGUGGUUGGAAAAUUUAUUUCAUUGAAUAUGAAAACUGAGAUGUAUGGAGAAAUACCGAUGCCUGAAUCUGAAAUUGGUCUUGAAGAUCUGUCGGUUGGGCUAUUGAGGGAAUGCCUUUGUGUAUUUUAUGACUAUAAAAAACACCUGGAUGUGUGGAUGAUGAAGCAAUAUGGUGUUAGAGAAUCUUGGACUAAAUUGGUUUGCAUUAUGGAUAUCCAGAAUGAAACACCAGUGCCAUUAUGUGCAUUAGAAAGUGGUCUAAUCGUAAUAAAGUAUGGAUCAACUUUUAAGUUAUACAAUUUGGCCGAUAAUAAUGCAUUUACAUUCCUGGAAAUUUCUACCCCUGAUGCCUAUUCUAAUUAUAGAGCAAUUACCUACACUGAAAGCCUAAUUUUGCCUAACUCUGAUCAUGAAGAAAACCAACAAUUGUGGCAAUGGGGUACAAAGAAUAGUUUUCUCUGUGAUGGAUCUAUGUUACCCAUUCAAUCGACCCUUUUUUUCUUGUCUUGUUUUACUUGGAAGCUAAAGAGGAUAUACACAGAGAUCCAGUUUUCAAUUUCUUAG